AUAUUAAUCCUAAAUUAUCUGUACUUAAUCUUAAUUCCAUGUAUUUUUAUUUCAAGAACAAAGAAGUAUCAGAUUGUAAUGUAACCAAUAGUCCUGGUGCAUUUCAAUUGAAAUGGCUUGAACGUGAAUUACAAAGUGCACGUGAUGAAAAACGAAGAAUUUAUAUUGCACAACAUAAAUCAUAUUUCCCAGAAUGCUUUGAUUCAUAUGUACAAUUACUUGGCAAAUAUUCGGAUGUUCUUCGCGGUCAUUUUACAG